AUGCUAAUGGGAAGAAAUUCAGUUAAAGUUGAGGUAUGGGAUGUUGUUGAUGAAGGUAAAAAACGUAAUGUUGUUUCUGAAGACAUUCGUGGUACCCUUAAAUUAAAUAACAAUUCAACUUUUGAUACUAUAGCUUGUGAUGCAUCUGUUAUAGAUGUAUAUAAAAAUACUCAUGGUGUUAUAUUUAUUUUUGAUAUAACAAAAAAUUGGACCUGGCAAUAUGUUCAAAGAGAACUUAGUAAAAUUGAUAAAAAAAUACCUGUUCUGAUAAUGGCUAAUAAAAAUGAUCUUGAUAGUGAACGAGUUAUUGAAGAUGAAACAUGUGAGUAUUUUUUAAAAGAACUUGAAAGAACUAAUAUUUUAUUUACAUCAUCAUCUAUGAAAACAGCACAUGGUCUUCGAUAUUUACAUUCUUUUUUCAAUUUACCUUUUUUACACCUUCAAAAAGAUGUACUUGAAAGGUGUUUAAAACAAAAUCAGUGUGAAAUAUCACUUGCUUAUAUGGAAUUAAAUUCUUUUUAUAAAGAAAGUAAGAGGGAACAAGUUAGUGAUGAUGACAGUUUUAUAAAUGAUCAUUAUGAAGUUGAAAGUAAUCAUGUUACUAAUGAAUGUGUUAACAAAUUAAACGAGAAAUUUAAAGAAAAAAAGAUACUAUCUAGUGAUGAUGACGAUGAUGAUGAAUUAGAAGGAAAUAAUAUGGUUGAUAUGUACGAGGAUGACUUUGAUAGUGCAGAUGAUUUUAAUCAAAAAUUAAAGAUGUCAACGGAAAUUUUAAAAUGUAAAAAUUGGGAUAAUUCAACGGAACCAUCAAAUGUUAAUCAAAAUCAAGAUAUUUCAUAUAACAAAGAUUUAUGUGGUAAAAACCUUAAUUAUGGGAAAAAUGAGUUAUUUAUUGAAGAUUUUACCAGUAAAUCCUCCGACAACACCGAAUGUAACAUUGUAAAAAUUAAAAGUAUUUCAUCAACAGAAAUUUCUGAUUUUGAAAUAGAUAAUAUAAAAGAGCGUAGUUCUAAUGAAAAUUCAGUAGCAUGUAGUGACAUUCCAAAUAAAGUACAAACUACAACAAAUAUUUCAUCAGAAUUAUCAGGAAUAUUUAAUAAUAGUAGUGAUAAAUCAACUAGUAGUUGUAAUUUGGAUGUAAAAAAAAAAUCUAAAAAAAUUAAAAAGGAAAAAAGAAAAAAAUCUCAAGGUAAUAAUAAAAUAUAUAAAAGAAAAACAGAAGAAGAGAUUAUUGAAAUUAAUAAAAUAAAACAAAAAAAUCUUCUUAUUGAAGAUUCUUUUUCAAGUAUUAAUAAUGAUAUUAUUUGUGAAUAUGAUCCUAUAUAG